AUGGAAACAAAAUAACAAAGGAUGUAUAUCAACGUUUCUCUGGCCUUGAGGGACUAAACUAAAAUUUCCAACAAAUUGUGAUUGCUGCCGUUUCGAUACGGGCAGCGGCAGAAGCUCGAAGGUGGUGGUGUAAUUUGUCGAUGAGGAGAGGAAUAGUCAGGCUACCAUAAAACCCGCCAAGCUUAAGUGGGUUAUUCAGGUAAGCCUGCAAUGUUUGAAACUGGGUUCCACGGCGUCAUAAAACGCGCGGUUGUAAUUGGAAAUGGAUUCGCAGGCGCCGAGAACCAAUGCAUCGGCCUUCUUCGCGCUCUUGGCCUUUCCUCUCGCUAUUCUCUAUAUCGAGUUAUGAGGCCAAGAGGGACAGUUAAUGAGUGGUUGCAUUGGCUGCCAGUUUCUGUGCACAAGAAAGUGGACAAUGUUAUAAGAAGAAUCUAUGAUGAUUCGAGGUGUUUUCUAGGGAAAAAGGUGAUGCCUGUUUUGGUUGAAAAUGGUGGGAAGAAUGCAGGGUUGUUAGAUGUAUUGGAAGCUGAUGCAAAUCAGAUUGCCAAAAUGGCUCGUGAUACAUUUGAUAGGGAUGGUCCAUUAUUGGUGGUUGCGUCUGGAAGGGACACCAUUUCUGUUGCAAGCUCUAUAAGACAGUUAGCUUCAGAGAAUGUUUUUGUGGUUCAGAUACAACAUCCAAGGUUGAAUCUGAAUAGGUUCGAUUUGGUGAUUACCCCUUGUCAUGAUUAUUAUCCGUUGACUCCUGAAGCUCAGGAGCAAAUCCCCUGGUUUCUUCGCAGUUGGAUAACUCCACGUGAACCACCAGACAGCAAUGUGGUUCUCACUGUUGGAGCUCUUCAUCAGGCUGAUUCAGCUGCACUGAGGAUUGCUGCUUCUCUCUGGCAUGAUGAAUUGGCACUGCUUCCGAAGCCCAUGCUUGUUGUCAACAUUGGAGGGCCUACUAGAAACUGUCAGUAUGGUGAAGAUCUUGCAAAGCAAUUGACAGAAAUGCUGCGAAAUGUUCUUUGGAGUUGUGGGAGCCUUAGAAUAUCUUUUUCUAGAAGAACCCCUGAGAAGGUGUCCAAGAUUCUAUUGAAAGAAUUUAGUGCAAACCGUAAGGUUUACAUUUGGGAUGGUAGAGGUCCAAAUCCACAUAUGGGGCAUCUAGCUUGGGCCGAUGCUUUUGUAAUAACGGCUGAUUCAGUAAGCAUGUUGAGUGAGGCCUGCAGCACUGGGAAACCCGUCUAUGUUGUAGGAGCUGAACGGUGUACAUGGAAGUUUGCUGAAUUCCAGAAGAGUUUACAUGAAAGGGGAGUGGUUAGACCAUUCACUGGCAAAGAAUAUGUAUGUAGCCAGCUUUCUCAUGAUGACCAGAUAUCCGAGACCUGGAGCUACCCUCCACUGAAUGACUCUGCAGAGGCUGCAAGUCGGGUGAUUGAGGCACUUUCCAAGCGUGGAUGGAUCACACAUGCUCGAUGGGUUUUCUAGUCUCAGGCAUGAGCAUAAUGAAGUUCACACAGUGCAUAAAAUUCUCUGCAUAGUCCACACUUGCUCAAUUGUUGACCUGCUUGUUAAGAUACAACAGGCUGCAUUCACAGAGAAUUGCCAAAUUGCACUCAUUGUAAAAGUAAAACUAAUUCUUUCAGUUGAUUUUACUCUACCUUCUUUGUCUGAUAGGUUUUAGUUUUCAGAAGAGCCUUACAAGUCGCUAUGUGAUCGCAGUACAGAAGUGCUGCAUGGAAUACAAAAACAGUCACAAAUCAAUUGUACUACAUUGUAAUUAAAGAAGAAGGCGGAAGAGUAUAAAGUUUUUCACUGCUAUAAAA